AUGAUUGAUUUAAAAUUAUCACUUGAUUUUUAUAAUGAAAUUAUCGAUACUAUAAUUUAUGAGAUAUUCGAAUUAGAUAUUCUUUAUGUGAAGAAACCCGUGAAAACAAUAAAAGGAAUAUUAUACACAUGUCGAUAUUUUUAUUAUUAUUUUAGAAAAAAAUUUGCAAUAAGUUUUUAUAAAAAAUUUGGAUUAGAUGAAGAGAUAUUUUCUUCUGAAUGUGUUCGUAAAGAUUGUAAGAAAAGAGGUCAUAUCAGAAAUGAAUUUUUUUUUAAUUUUUUAAGUCUUAGUUUAGAUAUUUGGAAUUUAGUAGAUAUUUAUGGAGAUAGAUACUGUGGAAGUAUUUGGGAUUUGUUGAAUGCAUAUAAGAAUGAUAUAUAUGAAAGAAGAGAUCCAUACAGUUAG